GCUGAAAAAAAGGUCGUUUUUAAAGAAGUGUGGAUUGGUUCUAAAAACCUGAAAUUCCAAUAACAAGAUGGACUCGUUAUAUCGAGGCCCAAGCAUUUAGGGUUCAGGGUUUCUGCACUGUGGAAGAGGAGGAAGAAGGCAAGUAGAAAGCGAACCUAAGCUGAGAAACCCUGAAAUGGAAGGGUCCCGAAAGCCGACCACCGAGCCUCCCUCUACUGCUCUGGCUUACCAGGAUCCUCACUACUGGAACGAGAGAUUCUCUAAGGAGGAACAUUACGAAUGGUUCAAAGACUACUCUCAUUUUCGCCAUCUUAUUCAAGCCCACAUCCCUUCAACCUCCUCUGUGUUGGAGCUUGGUUGUGGGAAUUCACAGUUGUGUGAAGAAAUGUACAGAGAUGGAAUUACUGAGGUUACUUGCAUUGAUUUGUCCGCUGUUGCGGUCGAGAAGAUGCAGAAACGGUUGGAAGCUAAGGGGUAUAAAGAAAUAAAAGUGCUGGAAGCUGACAUGCUAGACCUGCCCUUUAAUGACGAAUGUUUUGAUGUGGUUAUUGAGAAAGGAACCAUGGAUGUAUUAUUCGUCAACAGUGGUGACCCAUGGAAUCCAAGGCCUGAAACAGUAGCCCAAGUGAAGGCAAUGCUUGAAGGAGUUCACAGGGUUCUGAAACCAGAUGGCAUUUUUAUCUCGAUCUCUUUUGGCCAGCCACAUUUUAGGCGUCCUUUAUUUGAUGCUCCGGACUUCACUUGGUCUGUAGAGUGGAGCACUUUUGGUGAUGGAUUUCACUACUUUUUCUAUGUCUUGAGGAAGGGGAAGAGAUCAUCAAGUGACGAAGGGUCUCGUGGAAAGAAUGAAAUACCGUCCAUUUGUCUAUUUCAAGAAGAAUUAGAGGGAGAAGAUUUUAUUUUUCGAACCAACAUAGAUGAAAAUUGUUAGUAAUGGUUGUAACUUCUACAUGCUGAUUCUUUGCUUGUGUAUGCACUUGACAUUGAAUUAUAGUUUUAGGCAACAUAUAUGGAACUUGAGCUUAGUAUUCUUGAA